AUGCCCUCAAACAAACGAAUUGAUCCUAAUCAACCAAAACAUUGGCAUGAAUGUGCUGAAUACUUCGACAAUGAAUCUGACGAUGAAGAUAAUGACGUGAAUAAUGACUCCGAAGAUCCUGAAAUGCUUCAUGUACAUCAAGAGAGUUCCGACGAAUCAGAAAAUCCUGUCAUGGUUGAAAAAGAUUCGGGUGACGAAUCUGAUACAAAUUACGUCAAAAGUGAAAGCGCUAGUGACGAGGAAACACCUAGACGUCGAGCCAAGCGUGAACAACAGCUGAAGCAAUCAGAAAUCAAAAUAUUUACUGCACGAUCGGGACGACAAUGGACUACAGAAGAGCCUCCAAAACGAAAAAUAUUACAAGCUAAUGUCUGGAGGCAACAAAAUGGCAUUGGACGAGCAGCAACAGGCAUACAAACUAUCAGAGAAGCAUUUCAACUUCUUAUGACUCAAGAUAUGGUUCUUCUGAUAGUAAGAGAAACCAAUCGACGUGCUCAUUGGAUUACAGAGCAGUGGAAUAAUCAAAAUCCUGGUGUUCAUCGAGCUAAGAAUGAAACUCUCGACGAACUUUGGUCAAUGAUCGAUGGACGUCCAAUUUUUCGAGCAACCAUGGCAAAGAAUCGCUUCAAAAGCUUGCUUCGGUUUUGUCGUUUUGAUAAUAUAGCAACUCGUGAUGAACGACUAAAACAAGACAAAUUAGCUCCAGUAAGAGACUUAUGGGUGAUGUUCUUAGCUCAACUACGAGCAUGCUAUACUCCUGGUGGAUCCCUUACUGUGGAUGAGCAACUUAUUCCAACUCGUGGUCGUUGCAACUUUCGUCAAUACAUUCCAAGUAAACCUGGAAAGUAUGGUCUGAAGAUAUUUUGGUGCUGUGAUUCAGAUACAGUCUAUCCUUUGAAUGGUGAAGUUUAUCUCGGACGUCAGUCUCAAGCAACUGGUGUAGGUGAUGUUGAUCGAAUGGAUCAGAUGGUUCAAACAUAUUCUUGCAAACAAAAAACAAAACGUUGGCCGAUGACUUUCUUCUUCAAUAUGAUUGAUGUUGGUGCUGUUGCUGCAUUUAUAGUGUGGACAAUAAGAAAUCCACAAUGA